AUCAUAGCAUUGCCAAACCACCCGCCAUAAUGAAAGCGGUCAUCACACAUCGAUUCUUGCCUAGGCGUCUACUGAGUCUCGCUCUGCGUAGUCCUCUUGGACAGGGCGCGCAAGUCAAGGAUGUCCCAAUGCCAAGCAUCACCGAUGAUGAGGUCUUGGUCAAGGUACGCGCUGUCGCGUUGAAUCCCAUCGACUUCAAAGACAUCGAUUUCAUUUCCCCAUGCAAUUCUGCCAUUGGCUGCGAUUAUGCAGGCGAGGUGGCUCGGGUCGGCAAGAAUUCAGGACAGCGUUGGAAGGUUGGAGACAGAAUCGCUGGCUUUGUCCACGGUGGUUUGUAUCCCGAUGUUGGCUCAUUCGCCGAGUACCUCAAAGUCGAUGGAGACUUGGCCUGGAAGGUGCCUGAUGAAACGAUCCUGAGCGAAGCCGCCACCUAUGGAGUUCCCGCAGCCACCGCGAUGCUGGCCCUUUCACACCUUGACAUUCCCCGGGUGGAUAUUGAGAACGGAUGCAGCGCCCAACAAGGUGACCAAACAACCAUUCUCAUCUAUUCGGGAGGCUCGAACGUCGGUCUCUUCGCUAUUCAAUUAGCCAAGAGAGCAGGCUACACGGUUGUGGCCACGGCCUCGCCACGUUCCUUCGACCUGGCAAAGCGCUAUGGUGCCGAUGCAGUAUACGACUAUCGGACAUCUGUAUCCAUUGGUGAGAUUAAGAAAGCCUAUCCGAACGUCACAAAAGCUCUGGACUGCUUUUCCGAAGGCACUUCUGCCGCCUUCUGUGCUGAUGUGCUUCGAGAGGGUGGCAAAGUGAUCACGCUUCUUGAUCAAGGCAAGCCGAAGAAGGCAAAUGUGACCUAUGAUUUCCUCAUGGUUUACACUGCCUUCGGUCGCAGGUUCCAGAUGUUGGUGCCCCUUGGGCCCGUGUUCCCAGUGAAGCCGGUAGACCGCGAAGUCAUCGGCCAAUUUUAUGGUUACUUACCAAGCUUGAACCUGAGGCCUCCACCUAUCACAUCGAUCAAAGGCGGGUUCAAUGAGAUAUUCGAAGGUCUAGAUACACUUCGCAAAGGGGAAGGUCGAGGUACAAAGCUUGUCGUUGAAUUUCAGUGAUUGAUCAGUCGCUACUGUAACGAUCUUGUUGAGCCUGCUCUUUUUCUAAGAUUUCAUUGUCGUCUUUCUUGUCACUGUAUUGUAAUGGGGUUUGCGAAGUAUAUGUCAGACUGUUGCAAAAGGUGUCUUAGACAUUAGAUGAUUAGAUCUCAAGCCCCAUUCUUAUUACCUGACGUAACCUCUUGCUGUCUCGCUCCCCUCAUCUCAAUUGCUACGGUGGGCUCUCCGCGGUCCAAGCUAAGAGAUCCAACCACUAGCCACUCGAUAGCCCUCAGUACAUCUCAAUACGCCUCCUACCAGCAGUGUAAUUACACAACCUCAAACCUUACCUUCAACUCCAAGCAUUCAACGCCCAGUGCAGAAAU